AACACGACACGGCCGGAACGACACGAAGGCAAUCGCCGUUUCUACUUCCCAAAACUAUUGUUUCGCAUUCAAUUUAAUCCAAAAUGCAGCCAAUAGACGAGAAAGAGGACUACAUUCAACAGCGGUUGAACAAAGUGCUGGAAUCACGCAUCGAAACAGACCGCGAAACGCUGGACGCACUGUCGGAUCUGUCCACCUUCUUCAAGGAAAACACUCUUCAAUCGCGUCGUAACUUGAGAUCGCAAAUUGAGAAGAGAAGUCUGGAAAUCAAUCAGAACUUUUUAAGCGCCUUCAAGGAAGUGAAGGAAGCGCUGGACGGUAUCUGCGAUGACAUCAACUCGAUGAGCCAAUCGGUCGAGAGCAUGAAGUCGCAGCUGCGUAACACCGAAGCCCAAACGAAGGACCUCAUCCAGCAGGCAAACACCUUGCAGGAAGAAAAUGCAAAACUACAAACCCAGCAAAAGAUUGCGAGUGGGUUUUUGUCCCGUUUUCAGCUGUCCGUCGCCGAGCAUCAGAUGCUGUACGGAGCGAAGCGGGAUGCACCGAUUACGGCCGAGUUUUUCCAAGUGCUGGAUCGAGUUCAGCGCAUUCAUACCGAUUGUCGGACAUUGAUGCAGAGUGGCUAUCAAACGGUAGCGCUGGAUAUAAUGGAGGAGAUGACAUUGCACCAGGAAGCGGCUCUGGAACGAUUGUACCGAUGGACACAGUCCCACUGCCGCAAUGUGGAGUCCAACGAAAUGGGUGUACUGAUCGUGGAAGCGAUGGCAAGAUUGCAGGAGCGACCAGUGCUAUUCAAAUAUGUCGUUGAUGAGUACUCCACCGCGCGUCGUUCGGUGGUUGUGCGAAGUUUCAUCGAUGCCCUCACCAUAGGUGGCCCGGGAGGAAAUCCACGCCCGAUAGAGAUGCUUGCGCACGAUCCGAAGCGCUACAUUGGCGAUAUGUUUGCGUACAUCCAUCAAAUAUUGCCUCCGGAAAAGGAAAACCUGCAAAUGCUGGUGCGGAACUGCGACAAGGAGGACAUUUCCGAGCAGAUUCAAUCGGCCAUGAUAAACCUGUCCGACGGGGUGUGCCAUCCGCUGCGUGUGCGCGUGGAGACGAUCCUGAACGCGGAGAAGGACACCAUCAUUCUGUACUCCAUCUUCAAUCUGAUCAAGUUCUACCAGAACAUGAUAAAUGGCAUCGUGAAAGGCGGCCAGCUGGAGCAGUGCAUGGCCGAUAUGCAGCUGUUCUCCGAGACGACGUACCUCAACAGUCUUACAUUCCAGGUGAAGCAGCUGCUUCAAGGUCCGAACGAAAAUCGCUUGGGACUGGAGCCCCCGCAGACGGAUCUGGUCCCAUCGCCUAGCGUCGGCCGACUGUUGAAUCUGCUGAAGGAGAUCCUUUCCGUUGCCAGCAUGGUUGCCGGCAGUCAGACGGACAUUGUGAAGAUUGUCGGCUGUGUCAUUGAUCCGCUGCUGCAGUCGGUACAAGAGUCGGCCUCCCAUCUGCCCACAACGGACAUGGCUGUGUAUCUGCUGAACUCGCUGUAUCAGAUAGAAAGUGUCAUUUCGAUCUACGAGUACAUGGAGGAGCGGCUGGAACGGCUGCGUGCUCAGUCGGACGCUCAGAUCGAUACGCUGACCUCGGAGCAGGCCUCAUCACUGGUGGCGAAUCUAAAUCUGGGCCCCAUUUACACCGUGCUCCAGGGGAAUGCUUCACAGAUCGAUCAAAGACAUCUGCAGACCUUUGUUGUUAAAUUGGAACAAUUUCUCCAAACUCCUGAAAUACUGCUAGUCCCGCAGGUGAAUCUGCUGCUCAGCAGCGGACAUCGGGCAACGGUGCAGAAGCGAUCGUUCAACGUAAUCAUUGCAAUCUAUCGUCAAAUUUACGAGCGCAUCAACGAUCCCAAAAAUGGGUACACGAAUCCGGAAACCAUUCUUUCGAAAACGCCGGAACAAGUAGCAGAGCUUCUUUGUGGGUAAGUGUUUUCUCUCCGGGAGGUAUUGGAGGAUAGAUGGUCAAACGAAAUAUUGUUUUAAAAUAAAUAAUUGAUGAUUAAAA